AAUAGGAGAUAUCAAGCCAGAUGGAAGACGGCCAACAUCUUUCCAGAUAAAUCCUUGCCCCGCCCUCACAAGAGGCUCCUUGUUGGUUUCUCUGGACCAAGUUGGCCACUGGCCAGCACUUGGGUGACUGAGGGGCUGUGGGUGUGAGCAGAGCUUUAGAAGAGUCGGGAAGAGGAGGAGCUGGAGAGGAGUGCACUGUGGGCUUCGGGACGCAGGCUGCUGUGCAGAGCACAGCCUCCCUCGGACCGGUGGUCUAGAAGACAGAAGAAAGCAUGAGCACCCAGGAAGACCUUGAAAGCUGCAGAGGCACCAUGAGUUCGGAGGAGGACGCCAAGUGGCUUCAGUGGGUGACACACCAGUUUGAGACCAUUGCGGGAGAAGACCGGGAGAUCAGCCUGCAAGAAUUCAAAACAGCCUUGAAUGUGAAGGAGUCCUUCUUUGCCGAGAGAUUCUUCGCCCUGUUUGACUCCGACGGGAGCGGCACCAUCACCCUCCAGGAGCUGCUGGAGGCGCUGACCCUGCUUAUCCACGGCAACCCCAUGGACAAACUCAAGUUCCUCUUCCAGGUGUACGAUGUGGACGGCAGCGGCUCCAUAGACCCGGACGAGCUGCGCACCGUGCUGCAGUCGUGCAUGCGCGAGAGCGCCAUCUCGCUGCCAGACGAGAAGCUGGACCAGCUGACGCUGGCGCUCUUCGAGUCGGCCGACAAGGACAGCAACGGUGCCAUCACCUUCGACGAGCUUCGGGACGAGCUGCAGCGCUUCCCCGGGGUCAUGGAGAACCUGACCAUCAGCGCCGCCCACUGGCUGACGCCCCCCGCCGCCCGGCCGCGCCGUCGCCGCCCUCGCCCGCUGACCUCCGCCUACUGGCACAACCACCGCAGCCACCUGCUCUUCCUGGCCGCCUACGCGGGCCUGCACGUGCUGCUCUUCGCCCUGGCUGCCGGCGCGCACCGGGACCGGGGCGCCAGCGUCAUGGUGGCCAAGGGCUGCGGCCAGUGCCUCAACUUCGACUGCAGCUUCAUCGUGGUGCUGAUGCUCAGACGCUGCCUCACGUGGUUGCGGGCCACGUGGCUGGCUCAGGUCCUGCCGCUGGACCAGAACAUCCAGUUCCACCAGCUCAUGGGCUAUGUGGUGGUCGGGCUGUCCCUUGUGCACACCGUGGCCCACGUUGUGAACUUUGCGCUCCAGGCUCAGUCCGAGGCCAGCCCCUUCUGGUUUUGGGAACUGCUGCUCACCGCGAGGCCGGGCAUUGGCUGGGUCCACGGCGUGGCGUCCCCGACUGGGGUGGCACUGCUGCUGCUGCUGCUCCUUAUGUUCACCUGCUCCAGCUCCUGCAUCCGAAGGAGCGGCCACUUUGAGGUGUUCUACUGGACUCAUCUAUCCUACCUCCCCAUGUGGGUCCUGCUCAUUCUGCACGGGCCCAACUUCUGGAAGUGGCUGCUGGUCCCCGGCCUCUUGUUCUUCCUGGAGAAGGCCACCGGGCUCGUGGUGUCCCGCAUGGCCGCCCUGUGCAUCGUGGAAGUCAAUCUCCUUCCCUCCAAGGUCACCCAUCUCCUUAUCAAGCGGCCCCCUCUGUUCCACUAUAGGCCGGGUGACUACCUGUAUCUGAACGUCCCCACCAUCGCACGUUAUGAGUGGCACCCAUUCACCAUCAGCAGCGCUCCAGAGCAGAAAGACACUAUCUGGCUCCACAUCCGGUCCCAAGGGCAGUGGACGAACAGGCUGUAUGAGUCCUUCAAGACAUCAGCCCCUGUGGACUCUGGGUCCAAACGGCUCUCAAGGAGUCUGAGGAUGAGAAGGAGCCAGAGGAAGCCCCAGAGCAUGCAGUGCCAGCCCAUCUGUUGCGGAGCCAGAGCCAAAGCACUGGGGGCUGUGACCUCCAGCAAGGACGUCACCGUGGAGCUGACAGCCUACACGCUUGAGGGGACUCCACAGCAUGGGGCCCCAGGCCUGGUGCCCACAGGGACAGAGGAAGGGGCUCAGGCACAGCGGGGAGCCACGGCUAAGUGGGACCUGGUCUCCGGGAUGUCCUCCGAGAACCAUCUGUUUUGCAACAUCAAGUGCUAUGUCGACGGCCCUUACGGAACCCCCACCCGCAGGAUCUUUGCCUCCGAGCACGCGGUGCUCAUCGGAGCCGGAAUUGGCAUCACCCCCUUUGCUUCCAUCCUGCAGAGCAUCAUGUACAGGCACCAGAAGAGGAAGCACAUCUGCCCCAGCUGCCAGCACUCCUGGAGGGAUGACGUCCAGGAUGAGGACAUGAAGCUCCGCAAGGUGGAUUUCAUCUGGAUCAACCGAGACCAGCGGUCGUUCGAGUGGUUUGUGAGCCUGCUGACCAAACUGGAGCUGGACCAGGCCGAGGAGACGCAGGAGGGCCCCUUCCUGGAGCUACAUAUGUACAUGACCUCUGCACUGGGCAAGAAUGACAUGAAGGCCAUUGGCCUGCAGAUGGCCCUGGACCUCCUGGCCAAGAAGGAGAACAAGGACUCGAUCACGGGCCUCCAGACACGCACCCAGCCCGGACGGCCUGACUGGAGGAAGGCCCUGCUUCAGGGGUGGCACCGGGAGGAACCACGGACUCUUCUAUCCUGCCCACCCUCCUCCCUCCGCCAAUCGCCGAACCCCGUCAACAAAGGUCUCCCCUCCAUCUCCCUCCCCCACUGGCCCUACCCUGGUUCAGUCCUUAAACCACCUGUUGCCCAGACUCCAGCAGCAGCAGCCUCCUGGCCGGCCUCCCUGCCUCUAGCCUCUCCCAGCUAACGCACCCCUCCACCCCCCGCACUUUGCACACCUGGUCACACACCUGUCCGGUGGUGGUCAUCCAAUCCCUGAGACUGGCACCCAGGCCUCCCCCUCAACCCCAGAAGCUAAGCAUUCAGUUAAAUCUACAACCAUGUUAUUUCUGGUCUUCCCUUCCUUUCGUGUCUUGCCAAGGCCCAUCUCACUCUUCAUGCUCGAAAAAUACCAUGAACCGGAGGUCCUCCUGGAGCACCUUCAAGCCUCCGUGCUCUGUAGCGCCUGAUAUUUGCAGCAUCCUCCCCCACCUCUAGAUUGAGGCUCAGAACAGCUCAUCACCCGCCCAUCUGUGGACUGCCUUGCUGGUCCCUCUUGUCACAGAAUAAAUAGUCUCCCCCAUAUGCUUGCACGGGACCUGCUUCCACUAGACCACGUGCCGCAGGCAGUGUUUUUAUGUAUUUUCUAGCCCAUGAACCCCUUGAGGACAGGAAUCGAAUCUGUUUGUCUUUCUGGCACUUGGCACACGGCAGGUGGUUGGUGAAGGUGUUGGUUAGCUGAUGAGACCCACUUGAACCCCCGUCUCUCCAUGCUGUCUUCUUUGCUGCUCCUCUUGGAGGGUGGGAAAGCCCUAACACCCCUGCAAGCAGGUCACACGACCUUGCAUGUGACUAGAGCAGGCGGUUGCUUUCAGAUGCGGCUCAGCGGUCCCGGAAGGGCCCCUGCUUCCCCCACCUCCCCUCCCUCCCACGCUGGCUUUUCUCCCCAUGGGCAGAGGUCAGGUGUAAUAGAGAAGUCCCAGUGGGAGAGGUGCCCCCUGUCCCCGAGGCGGAGGUGGGGCUCACGGCCCCUCGCACCUGUGACACCUCCUCCUCUUCUUCCUCUUUCUUCUUUCCUCUAACUCAAAAGAGAUGAAUGACUUAGAAAGAGCAAAUGAAUCAGA